GACAGAAAACCCACGAAUGUAAAGAAAUCAAAAUGGAUCCAAGUGUGGGUGUGAAUUCUAUCACCAUCUCUGUUGAAGGGAUGACAUGUAGUUCCUGUGUUUGGACCAUUGAGCAGCAGAUUGGAAAACUGAAUGGUGUACAUCACAUUAAAGUUUCACUGGAAGAAAAAAAUGCAACUAUUAUUUAUGACCCUAAACUACAGACUCCAAAGACCCUACAGGAAGCUAUUGAUGACAUGGGCUUUGAUACUAUUCUCCACAAUCCUAACCCUAUCCCUGUUUUAACUGACACUGUGUUUCUGACUGUUACUGCUUCACUGGCCCCACCAUGGGACCAUAUCCAAAGUACAUUGCUCAAGACCAAGGGUGUGACAGACAUUAAAAUUUCCCCUCAGCAAAGAACUGCAGUGGUGACAAUAAUCCCUUCUGUAGUGACUGCCAAUCAGAUAAUAGAGCUGGUUCCGGAUCUCAGUUUAGAUAUUGGAACUCUGGAGAAGAAGUCAGGAACUUGCGAAGAUUACAGUAUGGCUCAACCAGGUGAAGUCGUGCUGAAGAUGAAAGUGGAAGGGAUGACUUGCCAUUCAUGCACCAGCACCAUUGAAGGAAAAAUUGGGAAACUGCAAGGUGUUCAGCGAAUUAAAGUCUCCCUGGACAACCAAGAAGCUACUAUUGUUUAUCAACCUCAUCUUAUCACAGUACAGGAAAUAAAAAAGCAGAUUGAAGCUGCGGGCUUUCCAGCAUUCAUCAAAAAACAGCCCAAGUUCCUCAAAUUGGGAGCUAUUGAUAUAGAACGUCUAAAGAACACACCAGUCAAAUCCUCAGAAAGACCACAGCAAAGGAGUCCAUCAUAUACCAGUGAUUCAACAGUCACUUUCAUCGUAGAUGGCAUGCAUUGUAAAUCAUGUGUGUCAAAUAUAGAAAGUGCUUUAUCUACACUCCAGUAUAUAAGCAGCAUAGUAGUUUCUUUAGAGAAUAGGUCUGCCAUAGUCAAGUACAAUGCAAGCUUAGUCACUCCAGAAACCCUGAGAAAAGCAAUAGAGGCUGUAUCACCAGGGCAAUAUAGAGUUAAUAUUACAAGUGAAGUUGAGAGUACCUCAAACUCUCCCUCCAGCUCAUCUCUUCAAAAGAUUCCUUUGAACAUAGUUAGCCAGCCUCUCACUCAAGAAACCGUGAUAAACAUUGAUGGCAUGACUUGUAAUUCUUGUGUGCAGUCUAUUGAGGGUGUCAUAUCAAAAAAGGCAGGUGUAAAAUCCAUACGAGUAUCCCUUUCAAAUGGCAAUGGGACUGUUGAGUAUGAUCCUCUACUAACCUCUCCAGAAACAUUGAGAAAAGCAAUAGAAGACAUGGGAUUUGAUGCUACAUUGUCAGAUACAAAUGAGCCAUUGGUAGUAAUAGCCCAGCCCUCAUCAGAAAUGCCUCUUUUGACCUCAACUAAUGAAUUUUAUCCUAAAAUGAUGACACCAGUUCACGACAAGGAGGAGGCAAAGACUUCAUCUAAGUGUCACAUACAGGUCACUGGUAUGACUUGUGCUUCCUGUGUAGCAAACAUCGAACGGAAUUUAAGACGAGAAGAAGGAAUAUAUUCUGUACUUGUGGCUCUGAUGGCUGGCAAGGCAGAAGUAAGAUAUAAUCCUGCUGUUAUACAACCCCCGAUGAUAGCCGAGUUCAUCCGAGAGCUUGGAUUUGGAGCCACUGUAAUAGAAAAUGCUGAUGAAGGAGAUGGUGUUUUGGAACUUGUUGUGAGAGGAAUGACGUGUGCCUCCUGUGUUCAUAAAAUAGAGUCUACCCUCACAAAACACAGAGGGAUCUUCUACUGCUCUGUGGCCCUGGCAACUAACAAAGCACAUGUUAAAUAUGAUCCAGAAAUUAUUGGACCCAGAGAUAUUAUCCAUACAAUUGAGAGCUUAGGUUUUACAGCUUCUUUGGUCAAGAAGGAUCGGUCAGCAAGCCACCUAGACCAUAAACGAGAAAUAAGACAAUGGAGACGGUCCUUCCUUGUGAGCCUAUUUUUCUGUAUUCCUGUAAUGGGGCUGAUGAUAUAUAUGAUGGUUAUGGACCACCACCUUGCAACUCUUCACCAUAAUCAGAACAUAAGCCAAGAAGAAAUGAUCUACAGUCAUUCUUCCAUGUUCCUGGAGCGCCAGAUCCUGCCAGGAUUGUCCAUUAUGAAUUUGCUAUCCUUUUUAUUGUGUGUACCUGUACAGUUUUUCGGAGGCUGGUACUUCUACAUUCAGGCCUACAAAGCACUGAAGCAUAAGACUGCAAAUAUGGAUGUACUGAUUGUGCUGGCAACCACCAUUGCAUUUGCCUACUCUUUGGUUAUUCUUCUGGUUGCAAUGUAUGAGAGAGCCACAGUGAACCCUAUUACUUUCUUUGACACACCUCCUAUGCUAUUGGUGUUUAUUGCACUAGGCCGGUGGCUGGAACAUAUAGCAAAGGGCAAAACAUCAGAGGCUCUUGCUAAGCUAAUUUCACUACAAGCUACUGAGGCAACUAUUGUAACUCUUGACUCUGAUAAUAUCCUCUUGAGUGAAGAACAAGUGGAUGUGCAACUUGUACAACGUGGAGACAUCAUUAAAGUAGUUCCAGGAGGCAAAUUUCCAGUGGAUGGUCGUGUUAUUGAAGGACAUUCUAUGGUAGAUGAGUCCCUCAUCACAGGGGAGGCAAUGCCUGUGGCCAAGAAACCUGGCAGCACAGUGAUUGCUGGUUCCAUUAACCAGAAUGGGUCACUACUUAUCCGUGCAACCCAUGUUGGAGCAGACACAACCCUUUCUCAAAUUGUCAAACUUGUGGAGGAGGCACAAACAUCAAAGGCUCCUAUCCAGCAGUUUGCAGACAAACUCAGUGGCUACUUUGUUCCUUUUAUUGUUAUUGUUUCCAUCGCUACCCUUUUGGUUUGGAUUAUAAUUGGAUUUCUGAAUUUUGAAAUUGUGGAAGCCUACUUUCCUGGCUACAACAGAAGUAUCUCCCGAACAGAAACAAUAAUACGCUUUGCUUUCCAAGCCUCUAUCACAGUUCUGUGCAUUGCAUGCCCCUGUUCACUGGGACUGGCCACUCCAACUGCUGUGAUGGUGGGUACAGGAGUAGGUGCUCAAAAUGGCAUACUAAUCAAAGGUGGAGAGCCAUUGGAGAUGGCUCAUAAGGUAAAGGUAGUGGUAUUUGAUAAGACUGGAACCAUUACCCAUGGAACCCCAGUAGUGAAUCAAGUAAAGGUUCUAGUGGAAAGUAACAGAAUAUCACGCAAUAAGAUCCUGGCCAUUGUGGGAACUGCUGAAAGUAACAGUGAACACCCUCUAGGAGCAGCCAUAACCAAAUACUGCAAGAAGGAGCUGGACACUGAAACCUUGGGUACAUGCACAGAUUUCCAGGUUGUGCCAGGCUGUGGUAUUAGCUGUAAAGUCACCAAUAUUGAAGGCUUGCUACAUAAGAAUAACUGGAAGACAGAGGAAAAUAAUAUUAAAAAUGCAUCUCUGGUUCAAAUUGAUGCAAGUAAUGAACAGCCAUCCACUUCGUCUUCCAUGAUUAUUGAUGCCCAGUUCUCAAAUUCUCUUAAUGCUCAGCAGUACAAAGUCCUCAUUGGUAACCGGGAGUGGAUGAUUAGAAAUGGUCUUCUCAUUAAUAACGAUGUAGAUGAGUCCAUGAAUGAACACGAGAGAAAAGGUCGUACUGGUGUAUUAGUGGCAGUUGAUGAUGAGCUGUGUGGCUUGAUAGCUAUUGCUGAUACAGUGAAGCCUGAAGCAGAAUUGGCUGUCCAUAUUCUGAAAUCUAUGGGCUUAGAAGUAGUUCUGAUGACUGGAGACAACAGUAAAACAGCUAGGUCUAUUGCUUCUCAGGUUGGCAUCACUAAGGUGUUUGCUGAAGUUCUACCUUCACACAAGGUUGCUAAGGUGAAGCAACUUCAAGAGGAGGGGAAACGGGUAGCAAUGGUAGGAGAUGGAAUCAAUGACUCUCCAGCUCUGGCGAUGGCUAAUGUUGGAAUUGCCAUUGGCACCGGCACAGAUGUAGCCAUUGAAGCAGCCGAUGUGGUUUUGAUAAGGAAUGAUCUUCUGGAUGUAGUGGCAAGUAUUGACUUAUCAAGGAAGACAGUCAAGAGGAUUCGGAUAAAUUUUGUGUUUGCUCUAAUUUAUAAUCUGGUUGGAAUUCCCAUUGCUGCUGGAGUUUUUAUGCCCAUUGGUUUGGUUUUGCAGCCCUGGAUGGGAUCUGCUGCAAUGGCUGCUUCGUCUGUGUCAGUAGUCCUUUCUUCUCUCUUCCUUAAACUUUACAGGAAACCAACUUAUGAGAAUUACGAACUGCGUGCCCGAAGCCAGAUAGGACUGAAAAGUCCUUCAGAAAUCAGCGUUCAUGUUGGAAUAGAUGACACCUCAAGAAAUUCUCCUAAACUGGGUUUGCUGGACCGGAUUGUUAAUUACAGCAGAGCCUCCAUAAACUCACUGCUGUCUGAUAAACGGUCCUUAAACAGCAUUGGUACCAGUGAACCAGACAAGCACUCACUCUUGGUGGGAGACUGCAGGGAAGAUGACGACACUGCAUUGUAAAAGGCCACAAAGAGUGCUACUAGCUGGUGUUGUCAUGCGCUGAUACAGCAUUCAUGAUGUCACCUUAGCUUUUCAAAAUAUUGCGGGAGAAUGUUAUGUUGGUCUCAAGCUCUUACAUUAGGGAUUCUAUUUGAAUUGCAUUUGUCUAAGGGCAAAAAUAUCUUUUUCAGGGCAUCAGCUCUGAAUCUAGCUUUAUUUAAAAUGAAUUUCCAGUAUUUUUUUUUCUCUAGCAACAGAUAAAGUAGACUGGUGAGGUUUACAAGCCCUACAAUUGAAGAUUGCCGAAUUACUGCUGAAGUGAUAGGUAAUUUUUUAUUUGACAAAAAAAAAAAGCUCAAGAAAAAGAUAAUUAAAAAUUUGAAGCUCUGGGAGCAUGAUCUUGAGGAGAUUGUUGAGCCCUCAUCCCUGCCACAUUGGGGAGCAGUGGCUUUCAAAGCACUGUAUAAAGCAUCUAGUGUUAGAAGGAAAACAGUAGAAACUGUUUAAAAAUAGAUGUGCCUUAUUUAUUAUGGGCUUUCUUCCUCCCUUAUUAUCCCUGUGUCUUUGUCUUUGCAGUUGGUUUCUUAGAUGCCCCAGUAUAUUUUCCUUUGUUAUCUUCUUUUGAGUGAGCUAGGCGUAGGUGGUUUUUAAUUGAUAAAAAUAACUGACAGCUUUUCCAAUAUCUUGUCCCUUUUUUUAUCUUGUAGCUCAAAAGACCUUAAAGAGUCCAUAGGAUUCCCUGCUUCCCGUCUUUCCAUUGUUGUAAAAAAUAUAUCAGAUUCUUCCUUCAAUGACUCCGUAGCUCUGUGCAAGCUUUCAGUUCACUCCUGCUGAGUUCAGCUAUAAGUUGUUCUUAGUGUAGUCUGUCCAUUGGCCUCAGUCCAGAAACUUAAGAUUUUGAGCCUCUUCUGCAAUUGACUUUUUCAAAAGUUAACUCUGCUAUCUUUAACAUAUAUGGGCCAUAUAAAAUUACCUAGAUUCACUAAAUUUGUCCUUUAUUGGAGAGAAUACAAGACCUUAGCUGGUAUACAUAAUUUAGUAGAUUUUAAUUAUCUUUUUGUGUUUUAGAUAACCUCUCAAAAUGACUUUGAAAUAAUGCUAUUACACAAAGCUGCUUUUACC